ACGUCGUUGUGCCCACGUCUUACGUCAACUCAAAAUCGAAGUGGAUUUCUCCAGGCGUACACUCCUUAUUUUCUGUAUUCCAGUUAGCAUUUUUGUAUAUACGUUCUUUAAGAUGUUAUUUUUGAAGUAACAGAGACACACUGCUAUAUUUGGGAUAUCCUUAAAGGUUCCUACGUGUGAAAUAGAGAUCUACGCCUAUUUAAUUUAAGCCAACGUAACUGCAGCUGCUAGCUCCCUGCUAUCCCUCCCUCUACUCAUACUGACGAGCUAGCUGUGCAUUAGCGCUUUAGCCUAGCUCCCUGACCAGAUACAACUGAGAAAAAGGGCAAAGAUCCAGAUCAUGUUGGAGUAAAAAAACAAAAAAGCAGCUUUUCCUGUUUGGAUCAUCACCUACGACAGUUGACAUCCACCUUAAGCCUGAAGACAUCCUCCCAAAAACUUCCUACAACAUUCCUCCAGUACCUGAACCAUGUGAGGGCCCCUCGGUCCAAUCUGAGGGGAUCUCAGGGCGGUUGAAGGAAUAACCCCGCUGUGCGGAGCAAGACUUUUCCUGUCUCUCUCUGAUCAGCCUAACCCUCCCUGUUCACACAUUCCCCGUUCUCCUCAACAAGGAGACACGCCAUGAUGUUCCGAGACCAGGUGGGUGUCCUCACAGAUUGGUUCAAAGGCUGGAAUGAGUGUGAACAGACGGUGGCACUCUUAUCCCUCCUGAAGAGGGUGUCCCGCACCCAGGCCCGCUUUCUGCACAUUUGUCUUGAACACUGGCUGGCAGACUGCACCGAGAUUCACAUCCUAGAAGCAGAGGCCAAUAAUGCAGCAACAGUCAGCCAGUGGCAUCAAGAGCCUAAAGAGAAAGUGGUGUCCCUGCUGUUGUCCCAUUUGCCCCUGCUGCAGCCACGUAACUGUGAGGCCAAGUGUGAGUACAUGAAGCUGCUGCAGAAGGUGCUAAGUCACACAAUUGAGAGCAGCCACUUUGUGGAAGCAAGCAGACAGCUGCUCUCCUAUGCACUCAUCCACCCUGCUACCACCCUGGAGGACCGCACGUCUCUGGCCAUGUGGCUAAACCACCUAGAGGAACACCUUUCAGGUGGCUAUGCAUCUCGGGUACCGUCGAGCCCGUACCACCCACGCCAGGGCUCCGACGAGUGGCCGAGCUCUGCCGAGGCUCUCGACCCUGGCAACACUUGGCACGACAAGUCCCCGUCAUCCAGCUCGUCUCCCGCAGGACAGAACGGACACAUGGCCUUUCCGGGCGGGCUGCCCUCACCUAUUAGCAGCAAUAAUACAGGUUUGGUGGGGCAGAUGCAGCCCAGCCCGCUGAAGAAGUCCAUGUCCAUUGUUCCUUCUAGUCCUCAGACUUGUGGUUCUGAGUGGGUAACCCAGGACGACACAGGGGGGCGGCAGUCGUUCAUCCCAACGGACCACGCUCCUCUUUCACCCCAGAGCAGCAUCGCUUCUUCAGGCAGCGAGCAGACAGAAGAGCAGGGCUCCGCUCGCAACACCUUCACGGAGGAUGGCAGUGGCAUGAAAGAUGUUCCAGCCUGGUUGAAGAGUCUUCGGCUUCAUAAAUACGCGUCGCUGUUCUCGCAGAUGACCUACGACGAGAUGAUGAUUCUGACAGAGCAGCAUCUAGAGUCUCAGAAUGUCACCAAAGGAGCACGGCACAAGAUUGCCUUGAGCAUCCAGAAACUGCGAGAGAGGCAAAGUGUGCUCAAGUCGUUAGAAAAGGAUAUUUUAGAAGGUGGAAACCUGCGCAACGCCCUUCAGGAGCUUCAGCUGAUUAUCAUCACCCCCAUUAAGCCCUAUAGUCCACCCGACGCAGCGCAGCCCGCCCCGGAUUCCUCCUCUUCCUCGUCAGAAGUCACAAAAACGGGAGCGGAUCAAGAGGCACCGUCGGAAGACUUCCAGUCCAGCAACCCACCUCCCUGUGAUGGAGACUCCUCAGUCACGCCCAUCUCAGACGGCGACAUUGCGGGGCAGUUUACCCGUGUCAUGGGUAAAGUGUGCACCCAGCUGCUGGUGUCUAGACCAGAUGAGGAAAAUAUUAGUGGUUAUCUUCAACUUAUUGAAAAGUGUCUGACUCAUGAGGCUUUUACAGAAACGCAUAAGAAAAGGUUAGUCUCUUGGAAGCAGCAGGUCCUCAGGGUGCUGCGCAUGUUCCCUCGAAAAGCUAUGCCGGACAUGCCGGCAUACCGACAGAAGGGCUGGAACUAUGGGUCAAACUCCCUCCCCACAGCAGGUUCUGUGAGCGGAGGUGUAAGUCGAAGAGGACAGAGACCGUUUCCAAUGAGCCCUCGUGGAGUCCCAGCUGGGCGCUUGUGUCUGUCAGGCGGGAUCGGGGGCGUGUCUCCGCGCCACACACUCACUAAUCCAGCACUGGCCAGCCAGGGUAGACAAAACCUGUGGUUUGCCAACCCCGGGGGCAGUAACAGCAUGCCAAGUCAGAGUCGCAGCUCAGUGCAGCGGACACACUCACUCCCUGUCCACACAUCCCCACAAACCAUGCUCUUGUUCCAGCAGCAAGAAUGCCAAGUUCCAGGUUCAGACCUGGAGAUCAACCCUACGCUGGAGUCACUGUGCCUCAGUAUGACAGAGCAUGCCUUAGGGGAUGGAACAGACCGAACAUCAACAAUAUGACAAGACAAAAGGAAACAAAAAUACUUUGAGAUCUGUUCUGUUCAGCACAAAGAUAUAUGAAUGCUUCAGAAAACCAGGCUACGCAGUCACUACAAUAUGACAAAAAAACUGUGUAUAUGUUCUCUAAUAUUUUUGUACUUUAUUAUAUACAACUAAGUUUAUUAAAAAUGGAAUACAGAUGAUUAUUAUAUUGUAGAAUAGAGAAAUGGUUAACUGUCUCACCUGUGCCAUGCCACCUGCAGGACUGUGGCAUGAUGCGCAGCAGCUCAGUUUACCGUGGUUCGUGAAAACCGGUGGAUUGGUGCUGUCUUUAAGGGUUCUGCCCUGAAUCGCUCUUCUUCUCCCACUGCCUUGAAACAAGGCUUUCUAUUUACAAUAAACCGACGGCCACAGCCCCUGCACCGUAGGAUUUCUAGUUUGAACGUUUUCCAGCCAGAAGAAAGGCACUUUUCUGAGAUUAUCUUUAAAAAUUAGGCACUAAACUGCAAUUGGCCCCUAUGGUACACGCUCUGAAGUUUCACCGGUAAACGGCAGUUUUCUUCCCUGGCCAUGCUGGUCUCAAAGUCAGGACUCGGAACAUUGGACAGAUUUUCUUAGUUCUUUUUGUUGUGUUUGGUAUAUAUAUAUAUAAGGAAAACAACCAAGACAAAAGUGUUAGUACUGAUUUGCAAACAUUUCCCCAAUUUUUUAAUUGGGGAAAAGUUUGCAUCACCAUACAUAUAUAUAUAUAUAUAUAUAAUUAAAAAAUUGGGGAAAUGUUUGCAAAUCAGUACUAACAUUUUUGUCUCGGUUGUUUUCCUUGAACACGUGGUCAAAGUAAAAACGACUGUCCUAAACUUCUCCAAAGCCAAAGACGAGGGUCUGUGUGUGAUUGUUGAUUUGAGAAGGAUUUUUGUUGUGAGUUGCAGCAGAUUGGUAUAAUUAUAAAACAAGAAAGAAAAAAAAAAGCAGCAGUGUGAAAAACUAAUGCCAGCUGCUAAUUGUUUCUUUUAUUUCUAUGCCCUACAACAUAAAUGAUGAUGAAUCUCAUUUUGUGCCAGGGAAUUCCCUGAGGGGUUAGUGAGGGCCGGUGGGGUUUGUACUGCGCGAGAGCUGAUUUGAUAUCGAAUUGAUCAAAGCGAAGAGGCCAGAGUGUUUUCAAUUUACAACCCAACGCUGGGCGAGGGAUCUAAAUGAAACCCAUCUCGACCCUCUGGCUCCCUUAUGAUUGGCUUUGUAAAAAUGAAGCUUGAUCCUGUAAUAAACGCUCUGAUCGCAGCGCCUGGCCCUCACGGUGCCCUCUUCCUCAAAGGCCAAGUGAAGAUUUGAUGAGUCAUACUUUUCAAGGUGCUUGACGAUGUCCAUUUUUUUCUGUUUGUGUCUCGGUGUUUUUCAGUCUCAGAGCUCUAACGUUUUCAUGUGGUAUCAGUGUUGAAUCAAAACCUGUCCUAUACAGCCUCUGUUUUUGAAUGUGGCAGAGCCGGAAGGUGCAUGUUUGUGUGAUAUAGUCCUAACUCUUGAUUGCUUCAUAAGGCAGGGAUAACCAUUCAUAUAUUAUUUCAACAGAGCCAUAGGAGGUCUGUCUAGUAAAGAUGGUUAUUUACAGAUAUCUUUUCCAAUUGUAUUUUUUACUCUCCCUUGAUAUUGAUAACUUAUGCUUAUUUUCUAUUAUCGCAUGUUUUGCCACAUUAAUACAGCACUGUUGUAGAUAGAGGACAUGAUGGUUGAUGGUGCCUGGUGUCACCAACAGCUAGAGAGCAGUCAUCUUGCAACAAUUGCUGUGUGUUUGUAUCGCCUAAAUGUCACUGUUUACAUCUCUCUGGGAUAAAGCCCAACUCAUAUUAUGUGAUGUCAUGAGUAAUCCAUUGUCUUGCUAUGUAACACAUAAAAGAACUGAAGCCUUCUCACACUUGAGUUGGCCAGGCAGAGCCCGAAGAACCAAAUGUCCUCUGCCUCUCUAACCUGUGGACUCCAUAUGAGUCUCGGUCGAUUUUUACAUGUUAUAUUUGUACGGAUGAUGCGGUGAUCAGAAAGAAUAGCUUCUCUGGCCUUGUGAUAAAACCGUUAGCUGUCAUGUUCUUAUAAACUGUUCAUGUGGUGCCUGAAAUGCUAAAUUCCAACAUCUUUAACGUGUUUAUUUUAAUGGUGGUCGCAUUCAAGUCGCGGAUUUCUUCAGAGCAGGCUCUUGGAUAGAUCUGACUUAGUAAAAGCAUCACGCUCACACUUAGAAAGAACUCCAGUGUGUUAACGAUGCUGGCUUUAAGACGAACGGACUUAUUUUUUAAUUAUUCAUAAAACUUUAUCAACUGUGUUGUUACAAAUGGCUCAGAUUAUACUUUUCACAGCCUCUGUUGCUCUGGACCGCUGAUCCUUUUCUUCAAAGACACAGAGGUACAAUACAGCUUUCUGCGAGUGUGUUUGUAAUAGUGAUGCAGCAGGGGAUGUCAAUGCUUAUCUGAGCCACAGAUUGUGUGAUGAGUACCCGGAACACUAACAGGCCAAGGAAUAUGUUUACUUCAUGUUUACGUUCCAGUGAUGUGAGACAUGAGUUGGAAAAUGCACUUCAUAAGUUCAGCGUGGUGUGUAUAGUCACACCAAGCAUAAGCUAGGAGGUACAGAGCCUGUCACAUGGAGACAUCUACCAAGUGUUCCUGAAGUCCUUUGAAGUCCUACUGGGCUUAUAAUUGUUGAAAUAUUGCAGCCAGCUGUAGGUUACACUGCACAUAUUUGUCUUAUACAAUUUAUAUUUAAUUCUAAUAACUCCCCCAGACAUUUUCUAAUAUUUUGUGAACCUUUUGCAUUACAUGCUUACACUCUACUUUUUUACUGUCACUCAUGUGUGAAUGGUCUGAAAUGCAACAUCUGUCGGAUCAUUGACAGUCCAAAUAAAGAGGUUCAGUUCUUUUGCAAUUUCA